AUGAACGAUGAAAAGCUACCACUACUUACCGGACCCAAUAAUUCAGUUGAUAUAGUUGAACAGUCAGUAGAAUUAGUAGCAGAGCCAAUAGCGGCUUGUCGUGAAAAGCCUAAAGGAGACUAUCACCCGGGUUUGGAAAGAUGCCUGGAACACCCGACAUCAAACUGCGACACUUUAAUCCAUCUUCUGAAAGGAAAUAUAGGUACUGGCAUAUUAGCUAUGCCAGAUGCCUUCAAAAAUGCUGGAUUAAUACUUGGUGUUUUUGGAACAAUAAUAAUGGGCGCAAUUUGCACUCAUUGCAUGCAUGUUCUUGUGCAAUGUUCACAUGAGUUAUGCAUCAGGAGUCAAAGACCAGCAUUGAGUUUCUCAGAAGUUAUUGAAGAUUCAUUUGCAUCAGGACCAGUUUCCUUAAGGCCCUAUGCUAAGACAAUGAAGAAUGUUGUCAAUGUAUUUUUGGUGAUAACGCAAUUGGGAUUUUGCUGUGUUUACUUUUUAUUUGUUGCUACUAACCUGCAAGACAUGAUGCAUCUUCUCCAUAUAAAUUUAAGUGUACAUGUCUAUUUGGCUUUAUUAUUCCCCCCCAUACUUGCUCUGGCUAUGGUGCAGAAUCUAAAAUAUUUGACUCCGGUGUCUCUGGUCGCAUCUAUAAUGACUGCAUGGGGACUUGUAAUAACAUUUUACUAUAUAUUGCAAGAUUUACCACCUACUGAUACAGUACAAGCAUUUGCCAGUUGGCAUCAGUUACCUUUGUAUUUCGGCACGGCAAUAUAUGCUUUUGAAGGAAUAGGAGUGGUGCUACCAUUAGAAAACAAUAUGAAAACACCAGAAGCUUUCGGUGGUUGGAAUGGAGUGUUAAAUACUGGAAUGGUGAUAGUAGCCGCUUUGUAUACUGGAAUUGGAUUUUUCGGUUAUCUGAAAUACGGUGACCGUGUAAGAGGCAGUAUUACACUCAAUCUACCUGACUCUCUCUUAGCACAUAGUGUUCGCACAGUGAUGGCAGCUUCAAUAUUUCUCUCAUACGGCCUUCAGUUCUAUGUGCCAAUGAACAUAGUGUGGCCAUAUGUGAAGUCAAAGUUGUCAUCGGAAAAGGCCCUCAAACAUGGCGAGGCAGUCACUCGUUUCGUGCUAAUAUCUAUAACAUUUUUGGCAGCGGCUGUAAUUCCCAACUUGAGUGGAAUAAUUUCACUUGUGGGGGCUUUUAGCAGCUCUGCGCUCGCACUCAUCUUUCCCCCGCUGAUAGAAAUAAUGACUUUCUGGCCAGAUCAACUUGGUAGAAGGGAUUGGAGGCUAUGGAAGGAUGUCGUCCCCAACGACAGGCUCCAAACAAAUAUGUCUAAUCAAAGUUCUCUGAAGACCACCCUGUCCGUGAGAGACACCAGUGACCACCAAGAGAUUAACAUGUUUCCAAGCAUCGAAUUCCAUUGA